AUCGGUCGGAAAUCUAGAGUGGGAACUGCCCCUCGAAACAGCGUGUUGGAUACGAGUUCACGGAUCAUGUACAGGACUUUUGUUUGGCUGCUAACCCUAAUGGCAGUGGCAAGUGCCGCCACCUCUGCCAGGGACUACCUGCCACGCCCCCCCGCCAGAGCCUACGUCUACGGCACGCCCCCGCCCAGCACGAUGGCCCAGUUGCGGCGGAUAGUCCAAGGCCACCUGGAGCGCUUCCAGCAGGCGGAGCAGGCGCACUUCUCCCGCCGCGCCAACGUGCAGCUGGGGAAAGCGGAAGUGGUGGCGGCGGAGAGGAAGCCGCUGGCGAUGCAACUGUGGGUGGUUCGCACGCCCGCCGUUUCCGGCGCGGCCUCGGAUAACGUGCUCGAUUACGCCGUGCCGCCCAACACGCCCACGCCGAAGGACUACGCGCACAAGUUCCUGCCCGAGGGCAAGGAUGUGGUACCCGGAAGCUCUUACAUACCGCUGCGGUUGGUGGUGAUAAAGCGCUGA